GUUUAGAAAGCUGAUUUUGAGUAUAGAUGGCAGGCGCUUCAAGUUUAGGAAAAGGGCAAAGGACUGAUUUUACGAAAGAAAAUAGGCAUUCUCCUGGUCCAGGAGCUUAUAAUAGUUCUAAGAUGGAUGCUUCUAAGGAAAAGAAACCUACUUAUUCUAUACCUAAGAGCCCGAGGAAGCAUUACUCAACAAUGGGUGAGAAAAUACCUGGGCCUGGAUCAUACGAUAUUCCCACAAAGAUAGGAGGAGCUAAUGUUUCAUUUGGACUGAAGCACUCACAUACUAUUUCGAGUUCAACCCCAGGACCUGGGAACUAUUCCCCAAUGAAGAGUCCUAAAAACUCUUUUGGUUACUCAUUUGGAAUGAGGACACAGAAGGUGAAUUCUUUAAAGAAAAACAUCCCAGGCCCUGGAAGUUAUAACUUUGAUGAUUCCUUUAAUAAGAAGAUCCAUCUUUCUGGGACUUUCUCGAAGGACAAAAAGCUAGCUGAUUAUUCAAGAUCAGCAAUGAAAAACAACCCUGGACCUGGAAAUUACUCACCUGAUUCUGAGAUAUUUGAUUCUGUAAGAAGGAAAUCAGAAAUUAAGUUUUCAUCUUCUGAGAGAGAUUUUGUUAAAAGAGUUAAGAAUGUACUACCAGGUCCUGGAAGUUAUACAAUUCCAGGAGAGAUCGGAAGAGAAUCCCCUAAGUUUUCCUUAAGUCCUAAGAGAAAGGAGAUAGACAGGAGCACAAAGCUGAGAGAUUCCCCUGGUCCUUCUGAUUAUCAUCCAGAGUACUCUUUUACUAAAAAGGAUUCUCCAAAGAAUGGAUUUGGGUCCCAAAAACGGUUUGUGCCUAGCCCUAAAAAGAGAAAAAAUCUUUCAAAGAUCAUUUUGAGAAAUAUAAAUAAUAAAUUAUCAGAGAGUAUUGAUCCAGAUAAGGCUAGCAAAAAAAAAAGUCCUUCUUUCAGCUUUGGAACAUCCAACAGAUCAAGUAUUGUUAAAAGAAUGCAUCCAGGACCUGGAGAUUAUGCAAUUCCUUCACAAAUAGCAUCAGGUAAAAGGUUUAGCAUGGGAGGAAGAACAAAACUAAACAGUACUCUAUUCGAGACUCCUGGCCCUGGACAGUAUAAUCCAUCAGAUAGAAUCACAAUAAGGAAUGAUCCAAAGUUUGGCAUUGGGUCUUCUCAAAGACCCUCAGCUUCUACAACAAAGAACCUUCCUGGUCCUGGUGCUUACAACACAGAAAGCAAUGGGAGAACAAGGUUGUUCAAAAAUGGUAAAUUCGGAAGUGAGGAACGGAUCAAAAUUAGAACAAAGAUCGGCCCAGGUCCUGGAUCUUACAAAAUUCCGACCAAAAUAGUCGAGGCACCUAGCUAUUUAGUUACCAAGGACGAAAAAUACGCUUUUGUAUAA